AUGUCCUCAAUCCUUAGCAAUUACGGUAAUGUCAGCUACUUUCAAACGAUCUCAGAGUACUUAAGCCCAGUUCUAAAGUACAACGAUAGUUACUGGUUGAGAUGUUGGCAUGGUAGGACGGACGGUUUUGGUUCAGCCACAUUCCAUACCAAGUGUGACGGCAAGGGGCCGACUGUAACCAUUGUACUUGUUAAGCCUUUCUAUGUUUUUGGGGGAUAUACAGAUGUACCAUGGCAUCAAACCCGAACCUACUCAAGCUCAACUGUGUCGUUUCUGUACUCCUUGUACAACAUCAAAGGUUACCAACCUGCCAAAAUGAAGAUCAAAGUCACCAGCAGUGCAAUAUAUGGGGAUCCUGGAUUUGGCCCUACAUUUGGCAGAGGAAACGACCUCCACAUUGACACCUGGUCCUCAACUACCAGCCGUUCUUAUGCCACUGCGAAUUCUUAUGAGCCACCUCCAGGAUGUCCAGGUGCGAACUGUAUCUUUUACGUGGACGGCGCGACUUAUUUCCAGGUGGAAGACAUCGAGGUGUUUUACGAAAAAGAUCGACGUGCUCUCUAA